AUGUCAAAAAGGAAAGCGUCACCAGGAUCAGCAGUAAAGAAGUUUAACGAGUUUUUCUUUCUGACUGACCCUGACGUAUUUGUUCACUUUGCUUUCCCUGACAAUCCAGACUGGCAGUUAUUGACUGUUCCACUUACAUUAGAUAGAUACUUAGAGGAACCCUACUUUCGUCAACCUUAUUUUGAAAAUAAACUACAGGUGGCAACACUAUUGCCAGGCGUACAGAAAGCCAAACACGGAAUAGUUGAGAUUGGAAUGAAAAGUUUAAUAGAAAACUGGCAGGGUUUGUUGACAUAUCAAUUGUUCUUUAACAACAAGAAAUCAACAGAGGUGCUACCGAAGAAAACACUGCUCAGUAACUUUGUCCUGAUGGACAGAUGCAACAGCAACUGGAAGUUUACCGUUAGAUUUCCUAUAGAUGGAGUUUAUAAAUUAACAAUAAAUGGUGGUGUACCUCCGAAAAGUAACGAAUGGGUAUGUGACUUUAAAUUAGUGUGUGAAACUGCCAUAGAAGAUAUCCCGCCAUUACCCUGCGAUACAGGUGCUGUUGGAUGGGGACCUAGUAACAACUUGGAGCAGUAUGGAUUGACGGCUCCUUCUCAUACUCAUGGCACGAUUCUAACCAAACUACGCCAAUAUCUAUAUAUAGGUUUUACAUUAACGAAGAAACUUUUCAUUCGGUCGGAGUUGAUUGGUAAUAAGUACAAACCAUCAGAACUUGACCAAUUUGUUGACACACGAAUAACAAAUCGAGAACUUGUUGUUAAAGUUAUGGUACCAGAAGAUGGAGAAUUUGCACUGCGCGUGUACGCUAGAGAGACAAAAAAACUGCCAGAGGAGAAUGUAAUUAAUUAUUUGAUAACAACCGAUGACCCUGCAGGUCCAAGAACUUACAGAAAAGAGAAUGCAUUUGAAAAGAAUCUGCGAAAAGAAUUAGUGACAUUGACACAACAGACUAAGGACCCAGAUGAGAUGGACAAAGCUAUUGAGAGAUUCGACAAACUGGCAUUGGAAGAUAAAGGUGAUCUCAAAAAGGCAAAAAGUAGACGAGAUUUCCUCAAAAUAAGAAAAGAUUUAACUAAUGCAACUGUACGACGUCACUAUGGAACUCUUGAUACUGCAAUAAAAAAGGCGCGAGAAUCGAAAUAUGAGGCUAAGUUGAAGAACACAACAAAGAAAGCCGAGGAAGUUCGAAAUGAAGUGUAUUCAACAUGGAUCCAUGAAAUUUUAGAAAUGAAACCAACUACCGUGGCAGAAUUAAAAACAUACAAGAACCCACCUCCAGCAAUAUUUGAUACUAUGAAAGCGGUCUAUUUGUUGCUAGGAGAAAGUGCAGAUAUGUUAAAAACCUGGGAAGAUAUACAUAGUGUAAUCUCCACCAUUGGAAACGAUUCUUUACUACAAAGGAUUAAAACUUUCCAAACAUCACAAUUACGGGAGCACGCGUUAGAGGAAGCUCAGAAACUUACAGAGCAACAUGACCUCCCAAGUAUCAAAUCAAAAAGUCCGGCAGCUGGGACUUUUUAUGUCUGGGUACGAGAUUUAGUAAAUAUGAUAAAUGAUGAACGUUCAAAUCCUAAAAGAAAGAAGAAAGGAAAGGAAAAAAGCACAUUUAGCGCUAAGGCAAUAAGUACAAAAAAGAGUCAUUCACCUUGAGUCAUGAUAUCAAUUGAUCCUAGUUGCAUACAAUUCAUCAAAGCACAAACCAUGAGUAGUAGUAUUUCACGUUUUCUUAUUAGACAUUUUUAAAUUCAUAAGUAGAACUUUGAAAUACCGUAGAACUUAACAUUAAUAAAAAAAUCGAGAAUUGUUAGA